AUGAAUGCCUCACCAGCGCGUACUCUCCUUUCCCGGCGAGUGUGCCGCUGCACAUCCUCGAAGCUAAGAUCAACAUGGACACCCACAUCAAGUCCUCGCCUAACUCGACUCCUCUCGAGCAGCGCCCAAAACAACGAGUCUACAAGCCCACAGUCGUCUUUCUCCUCCCCCAUCCCGACUUAUGGCUCCUCCGAAUUGCUCCGUCGAAAAUACCAAAAGAACAACCGUGAAUCCGACAUCAAGAAAGACAAAGCCGAGCAAGCCAGAACAGUAAAACGCAUGCGCUGGGCGGGGUACGGGAUUGCAGCUUGUACUUUGGCGAUCUUUGGUACUAUUUCACUGUACCCGGAUCCCAGGAAAGAGAAAAGUCUUGAACCAUCAAAGACGGAAGAGAAGUCUACCUCGAACGUCGUCCGAUUAGACGCACCUCCUUCCAUAACUAGCUCAAUCAUCGACCCCUCGUCCAAGCCCCAAGACGUCGAACAGAUAGCCACAGGCACAAGUUCCAUCCCCUUCUUCCCCCGAAUCAUUCACAUCGCAUCCGACGUACCACCAUCCACUCCGACGUCUGCCAAUGAAGGUGGUCAAUCCGACGUGGAAUUCCAGCUCAUCGGGUUGGGAAUCCGCACUGUGUCACUUCUCAGCAUCCAGGUAUACGUUGUAGGCCUCUAUAUCGCGGUGCCGGAUAUUGCCGCCUUACAGCAACGCCUCGUCCAGGCAGCCGUGCCUCCAAGCGAGAGCGUCGCAACGACGCUCGUGCCCAGCGAGAAAAGCCAGCUCAAAGAACUACUUCUCGAUCCAGAGCGCGGAGAACAAAUUUGGAAUGAGAUCAUCAAAGAUGGCCAAUUACGCACAGCAUUCAGGAUCGUUCCUACCAGAAACACCGAUUUCAUGCAUCUACGGGACGGAUUUGUUCGCGGUAUUACUGCGCGCUCGGCGCAUUUCGCCUCAGUUAAAAGCGACGACUCCUUCCAGGACGAAUCAUUUGGCGCCGCGCUCAACGAAUUCAAAUCCGCGUUUGGGGGCAGUGCACGGAGGAAACUGCCCAAGGGCGACAUCCUUCUUCUGGUGAGAGAUGCACAGGGAAAGAUGACGGUGUGGAAUGAAGACAACAAAAAGGGGGAUAGAGUUCAAAUGGGGGUUGUGGCAGAUGAGAGAGUGGGCCGACUAUUGUGGUUGGGAUACUUGGCUGGAAAGAAUGUUAGUAGCGAGGACGCGAGGCGGAAUGUCGUAGAAGGCUGUGUGGAGUUUGUGGAACGGCCAGUUGGGACUGUGGCGACGCAGGUUGUAUGA